CCCACUCACUGCCGGAUGAAGCUGCUGGCCAGGGUGCUCUGCCUUGGUGAGCUCGGGAGGUCAGCAGCCUGGCAGAGGGACUGGGCAUCCGGCCGGGCUGUUGGAGCCAGGUCUUGCCUGCCGUCGGCCCAGCCCUGCAGAACCACCACGGAAUGGAUCAUGCGGCCCGAUGACGCCAACAUAGCUGGCAAUGUCCAUGGGGGGACCAUCCUGAAGAUGAUCGAGGAGGCGGGGGCCAUCAUCAGCACCCGGCACUGUAACAGCCAGAACGGGGAGCGCUGUGUGGCUGCCCUGGCCCGGGUGGAGCGCACCGACUUCCUGUCACCCAUGUGCAUCGGCGAGGUGGCCCACGUCAGCGCGGAGAUCACCUACACGUCCAAGCACUCGGUGGAAGUCCAGGUGAACGUGAUGUCCGAAAACAUCCUCACAGGUACCAAGAAGCUGACCAAUAAGGCCACCCUGUGGUAUGUCCCCCUGUCACUGAAGAAUGUGGACAAGGUCCUCGAGGUGCCCCCUGUCGUGUAUUCCCGGCAGGAGCAGGAGGAGGAAGGCCGGAAGCGGUACGAAGCCCAGAAACUGGAGCGCAUGGAGACCAAGUGGCGGAACGGGGACAUCGUCCAGCCUGUCCUCAACCCAGAGCCCAACACGGUGAGCUACAGCCAGUCCAGCCUGAUCCACCUGGUGGGGCCGUCGGACUGCACCCUGCAUGGCUUCGUGCACGGAGGAGUCACCAUGAAGCUCAUGGACGAAGUGGCCGGGAUCGUGGCCGCCCGCCACUGCAAGACCAACAUCGUCACCGCUUCUGUGGAUGCCAUUAAUUUCCACGACAAGAUCAGGAAAGGCUGUGUCGUCACCAUCUCUGGGCGCAUGACCUUCACAAGCAAUAAGUCCAUGGAAAUCGAGGUCUUGGUGGACGCCGACCCCGUGGUGGACAACGCGCAGAAGCGCUACCGGGCCGCCAGUGCCUUCUUCACCUACGUGUCCCUGAGCCAGGAGGGCAAGCCACUGCCAGUGCCGCAGCUCGUGCCCGAGACCGAGGACGAGAAGAGGCGCUUUGAGGAAGGCAAAGGACGGUACCUUCAGGUGAAGGCCAAGCGCCAGGGCCAGGCGGAGCCCCAGCCCUAGGCCUGCCCAGCGCUGGGCUCUGAGCGGCCGCCAGGACGGGCCCAGCCUCCAGUCACUUAGAAGUCGCCCCCUUGGCCAGAUCCCCAGUUCACGUGCGAGCCGGUGUCGUGUGUGUCGCAGUGUUAACCUGUACUCUCUCCUGGAAGU